AUGGCGGAAGACUGUGUCGAUCGUUGGAAUCAAAUUUGCUUCGGACUUAUAUCGCUGACCGCCCUUCUGGCCAACGUUCUCCUGUUCUUCUUGGUCAAGAACCGAACUCCGCAAAUGAUGUUGAGCUAUCGGAAGGUGCUGUAUGCUUCCUGUAUUUUUGAUGGGCUGGCGGCGCUGUCGCAUCUGCUGAUUAGCUCGGUGAGUUAUUGAUUGUACAUACUAUCAAAAGUUCUGGGAAUUUUCCGCGCCUCUACACUGUGCAUUUCGUGUGAUUAUUCAAGAAAAAUUUUGCACCAAGCAUAUGGCUCAAAAAGUGAGUUUUGCCACUCCUACUUUUCCGAGCGGUAAUUCAACACAACCUAUUGUUAUAUCGCAGUCUGAGCAGAAUUGGGACCACGAGACAUUCCCAGGACUUUUUCGGCGAGAAUAUCGGUCUGUCGGGAAAAUAAUGAGCAAAAUUUCGUGUCCAAUUUCGCAUUGCCGCAAUUUUGCCGCGGCAAAAUCAAAUUGCUUUUCACUUCAGCGACGCGACCGGCAAGGCGACAUUGUGCUCAUUAUUUUCCCGACAGAUUGAUAUACUUAUAAGAAUUUACUUUUUUUUCAGCGCCCUUCGCUAGAAAAAGAUAUAGCGGUCAUGCAUUUUGACGGAGUUUUACCCCAAAUUCUUGACCAUUUCCAUCUCCUCCCCAACGGCCAGCUGGCCUACAUUCUAGCCUUUGAAUCUGCGACACAGCUCAACACGUUCAGCUACUGCUUUGUCCCGUUUGCUUAUCGUUACUUCCACAUUGUUUGGUAGGUGAUACCAAGUGACCUAGUGAUGGCAAAUGAUGCCCAUUUUUAGGCAGACCAAUUUCAACAAGCUGAAAUUUUUCGUUUUGUUGCUGGUUUACUUGUCGCCGACCACAAUCGUCGCGAUUACAUUGCCAGUAAUCGCCGCGACAACAUACGAUGACAUGGUGAAGUUUGUUGGAGAAAGGAAUGAUGGGUGUCUGAGACGCGUCCCGUUCUACGAUUGGCGAUUUCUUCCGGUUGAGGUGAGGGAAAUUUGGGGAGAAUUUUUGUGUUUCUUGCCACAAAAAGUGCUGAAAGUUUUAUGUGGACUCUGCACUAGGAAAAGAUAAAAAAGGAAUCUUGGAUGUAAAUUUUGAGUCAAAAAUUUCCAGCCAACCGCUUCAAUUGCCAAGAACAGCUACUACCCGCUGCUGCUGACGUUAUUGUUUCCCUUUGUUCUCUGUUACUUCCUGAUCCGCAUCUUUCAAAAGCUGAAUGAAGACGUCAAAAAAUCUUCGAUCGCAGCGCAUCGAAUGCAACGUCAAAUCACAUUGACUUUGACUGCGCAGGUAACUUUAUAUACUAUAAGUAUGUCGGGAAAAUAAUGUGGAUUUAUCGCAGCAAAAUGUGACGCAUCAAAUCUCCAGUCGCGGCUAGUUGUUUGCAAAGCGAUGAUGGGCGGACAAAUCCACAUUAUUUUCCCGACAGACAGAUUCAUGCGUAUGUACAAUAUAAGCCCCAAAAUUUUCAAAAUUUCAGUCUGUAGUCCCUAUAAUUUUCGUCGCUCUCCCUUGUUUUUACGUCUCCUACAAUCUAACACAUGACAGAAACAAAGUGAAUGCCCUUCAAGUGUUCUGUAAUUCAUUGAGUUUGGUGCCUCUGAUCAACCCAAUUACUACGAUAUUGCUGGUGAAAAACUAUCGAAACGCGAUCCGUCGAAGAAUCGACUUCAGAAAAGGGCGACGGCCCACUGCAACUUCUUUGUAUAUGACAUCGAAAAUUGGAGCAUAAGAAGUAGUCAUGAUGCUAUUAAAAACCAUACAGUAGCACCUAGAAUUGGAGCAUUUUACUUUGUCUCCUUUUCGGAAGCUUCCUCACUUAAAAAAAAUGCAAAAAGUUUUGAAAACCUUCUCACAAAUGUCACUACAAUAAAGCCCACAAAAAACAUUCUUGAAUGUUGUUCGUACAUAUGCAUAACUACAAUCUUUACAUUAUAUCAUUUUGUUUCCUACGAAUGGACUGCAGACUUUUAUAUUCCAUGCCGAAGUAAUGGCUGAAAUUUGCGAAAAUUCCUUACAUCUCGGGCUCAGCAGAUUUUUGAGUAUCUCGGGUGCACUUGCGAACCUACUCCUGCUUUUCUUGGUGAGAAAUCACACGCCAAAUGUGAUGAAAAGUUACCGCAAAGUCCUGUACGGAUCAUGUUUCCUGGAUGGGUUUAUGGCGUUGGAGCAUCUUCUGGUCAUGGGGGUGAGUAUUAGUCAGAAAUACAAUCUAUUUUGCUGUUACAUAUAAUUUGAUCGUUUUCAGAAAACUUCAAUCGACAACGACGUUCUUGCGAUGCGUUUCAUCGGUCCAAUUCCUCAACUUAUCGACCGUCUCGGCUGGUUGCCCAAUGGUGAUCUUGCGUAUCUCUUGAUCCCCGAUUUUUUCUUCCAAAUGAGUUCUAUAUGCUAUUGUUUUGUGCCCUACACCUUCCGCUACUUCCACAUUGUCAGGUGGGUCGUGUUUUGCGUGGAGAAAUAAAAAAAGAAUUGAUAUUCCGAUACAUGUUGUCUUGAUCCUGUCCGGGAUUGCAUUUUUAGUCGCCGAAUUUUCAGGAAUGCGACCCUCAACAAUUUCAAGUUUUUUGUCUUGAUUUUCGUAUACCUCACGCCUUCCUUGAUACUUUCAAUUACGAUUCCACUUCUCUCUGCCCACGCGUACGAUCAGCUUAAUGACUAUAUCGGGAAGGACACUUCCCGUUGCUCAAGAAGAGUCCCUAUUUUCGACAGACGAAUUGUCACUUCGGAAGUGAGUUUCGUCAAGUUUGUACUUGCAAUUUAUGCUCCUUUCCUAAUGUAGUAAACAUACAUGUUUGUAGCCAUCACACAGCGUCUUCCAAGUUUGUGCAUGCCCAGUUUUGGCUAUGUUGGCAUUUCCGCCGAUACUGCUAUACUUUAUUAUUCGAAUCUACAAUAAAUUGAAUGGUGAUCUUUUGACAACGUCGGCUGUGACCAGGCGAAUGCAACGACAGAUCACGAUCACCUUGACCGCUCAGGUAUAAAGAUUUGGGUUAGAAAAUGUUUUGCUCCAUUGCCUAACAGUGGUAUUAUAAUAUUAUGUUGGCAACAAAGUUUUUCUUGAAUCCUCCAGGUUUUACAGGAAUGUUCUAGAACGUCAUAUAUUAUGGUGUAUAAAAGGGGUGUUCGAGUACUGUUUAGCUAGGCUGUAUCAUGUUUAUCAAGUUUAGAUUUGUGUCUAAUCAUCCGAUGCUGGAGAAAGGUGAUGUUCGAGCCGUUAUGUGCAACUGCUACAAAAACGGCCUGAAACCAACAAUUACGAGGCAGUAGCUUUUUUGGUGCAGAAGGUUCAAAAAUAAGCACUUAUACGACAAAACAAGGAAAGAGUUGUUCGCGACGAAAUUGGCAACGAGUUCAGUUGGACUUUAGUACCCCAGCCGGCUUACUCUCCAGACAUUCCUCGGGCUAUCAGUUGUCCCGAUCGCUAGCGUCUUGAGAGAAAAAAAUUCGGCACAUCCAAGGACCUGCAAAACGAGUUGCACUGUUUCUUUAAUUCAAGUGGAUCUUGGUACCCAUCCUGCUUCCCCCCGGACAUUGCUCCGUCGGACUACCGCUUAUAUAAUAUAUUCCGAUCGCAUUCCCACCAUCUCUAUGGAAAAAGAUUCGACACAUCCGAGGACCUGCAAAACGAGUUGGGCUGUUUCUUUAAAGCCUCAGCCGCCUAGUCUCUUCGCUGACUUGGCAGGAUUAUCCAGCUUCCCGAACGUUGGAAGUACGUCGUAGAUAAUGAUGGUAGUUAUUAUAAUUCUUGACUAUAAAGUUAGUGAAGAAACAUAAAAUAAAAAAAUUUAAAAGCUUUGUUGCCAACCUAAUAUAUAGCACAAUAUUAUACAAUAUUAUCCAAACCUUUUCAGUCCAUCAUUCCCGUUCUCCUAAUUUCCCUUCCAUUCUUCCACAGUGUCGCCAGCCUUCAUUACAGUAGCAGCAGCGAUAAGGCGGGUUCAUUGGCAUUAUCGUCCUUUUCGCUCAAUCUCAUCCCCCUGAUCAACCCGCUGGCUACAAUUUGGCUGCUCCAGAGCUAUCGAUAUACAAUUUUGAAGGCAGUUGGAAUCAGAGGAGGCUCUAUGAGCAUUCAACGGGUGUCCGUUCUCUCCGAUGGAAGUUUAUUGGGGCCACCUAGUUCCUCCGUUCUCGCUUAG